AUGGCUGGUGGUGCUGCAUUGCAGACUGAGCAAACACAGACUGCCAGUACAAGAAGGCUAAUUUCUAUGGUAGUCAUUGUUUACAACCAAACCGACUUACGAAACACGAUGUAUUUAUAUUGCAGUAGGGUAAAGUUCCGGAAAAAACAAUUGUUUAUAACAGUAAAACACUUGGUUUAUGUGACCAACGUAGAAAAAAUAUUUACAAGAAGACUGAUUUAUUCACUUGAUACACCGGCAUCUGUUUAUCCUAACAACUUGAUAUCAACGUGUAAUGAGAAAGUGAUUGUUCUACUUACUGGCCACCAAACGCUGCAUCGGCCUUUUUCUAUGUACAAUUCUAUGAAGACACAAGUUAUUUUAUCUGAUACUUGGUUAUUCAUGGCUUUUAUAUACACCGGAAAUGUAAAUGCUCGACUUCCUGUUCUCUUUGAAUCAGAACUUGAUGCAGCUAGUUAUUAUAGGACUUUUGCAACUCAUUUACAAUUAAAGCAAUUUUGUAAAACAUUUGAUGAGUUGCUCGGUUACAAGCUCUUAUCGAAGUACAUUUUAUUAAAUUUAGGAGUGACUCUGUUCAAAACGGAGAAAACCUGA